AUGUUAUUGGAGAUGGAGCAACAUUCGGGUUUGAUGUCCCUGAAUAUGUCACCGUUCCAUCUGAGUCCUCAGGGCAGUCCCCAAAGUGCGGCGAGCGCUGGCCAACCGCAACAGCAACAGCAACAACAGCAGCAACCCCAGCCGCAGACUCAAUAUAGUUCUUCGCCGUAUGGAAAUUGCGCUCAGAGUCCAUCCUCCGCGAUGUGUCACCACCACCAACAACAUCAGCAGCAGCAGCAGCAGCAGCAGCAGCAGCAGCAGCAGCAAGCGCAGUCCCAUUCGCAAUCGCAAUCGCAGCAAUUGCAAUCGAGUCACAAUCAAGCGCAAUCCCAAGGUGGUGGCAUCUCGGGAUUCGAAUCGGCCUUCUUCUAUGCGACCGCCCUCGAGGAGCGGUGUCCGAUGUGUGGCGACAAGAUGUCGGGCUAUCAGUAUGGUCUUCUCACUUGCGAAUCCUGCAAAGGUUUUUUUAAACGCAAUAAUUCGCCGUGCAGUAGCAAGAAGGUUUACACCUGUCUGUUCUCGCCGACAGGGGGUGGAGGAGGAGGAGGAGGAGGGGGCGGUGGUGGUGGGAACGGGAACGGGAGUGGCGGUAGCGGGGGUGGCGGCGGCGGCGGCGGCGCGAUCGGGGUCGGGGUCGGGGUCGGUAACGGUGGCGGUAGUGGCGGCGGCGGCGGCGGUGGCGGUGGCGGUGGCGGCACGUCGUCCGCCCUUGAGAGCGGGCCUUGCGGCAACAAGAAGGUAUACACGUGUCUAUUCUCGCCAACAGGGGCUGGGAGUAGCAACGGAGCUGGACCUGGCGGCAACAGCAAUACCAAUGGCAGCAAUAACAGUAACAAUAACAACAACAACAACAACAACAACAACAACAACAGUAGCAACAACAACAACAACAACAACAACAACGUACCGAGUGGCGGCAGCUCGUCCGUCCUCGAAGGUAGUGCCAGUAGUGCCGGUGGAGGAGCCGGUGGAGGUUACAGCGCUAGUACCGCCAGUUCCGCUGGCAAUGCCGGUGGAGGCAACGGUCCUGGUAGUACCGGACCCGGACCCACCGCUGGCAACGCCACAACUGGGACCUCGGCGACCAGCGGCAAUGUCGCUGUACACGCCGGUACCCUCUGUCAUCCUAGCUUGGGCCAGGUCGGGGUUGGUAUCGUGACUGGCUCGCUACCCUGCCCCUCCGAUUUCCCUGACACCAAGGACAUCGUUAUCGAGGAACUCUGUCCGGUCUGUGGCGAUAAGGUCUCCGGAUAUCACUAUGGAUUACUCACCUGUGAAUCUUGCAAGGGUUUCUUCAAGCGCACCGUCCAAAACAAGAAAGUCUAUACGUGCGUCGCCGAAAGAUCCUGUCACAUCGACAAGACGCAGAGGAAGCGGUGUCCCUACUGUCGCUUCCAAAAGUGUAUCGAGGUCGGCAUGAAGCUUGAGGCUGUGCGGGAGGACCGCAUGAGAGGCGGUAGAAACAAAUUCGGGCCCAUGUACAAGAGAGACCGAGCGCGGAAACUACAAAUGAUGAGACAACGGCAGCUGGCACUGCAAACGAUAUGCGGUAGUCUCGGCGAUCCAUCAAACUAUACUUCCACCGUAACACCUUUCCUGCACAUCAAGCAGGAGAUUCAAAUACCUCAGGUCUCGAGUCUAACGUCCUCGCCGGAUUCGAGUCCGUCUCCGGCGGCGGCUGCGGUGGCCGCCGCCGCUGGUGGCCUCCUGACCACGCAAUCCGCCGGCGGUGGUGCCGGGGGCGGCGGUGGUGGCGGAGGAGGCGGCGGAGGAGCUGGACAGCAUCAACUGAUCGCCCCUUCCUCUCAGCAAAACCUCGCCGCCGGUAAUCACCUGCACAACCUCAACCCUGGCCUCGAUAGCAAGCUAUGGCCCGCUAAUUCGACCACCCCCAGUCCGAAGGCCUUCAACUUUGGCGAACAGUCGGCGCAACCCCACGGACCGCCGCCGGCCUCCGCGCCUUCUACCGCGCCCUUGAAAACUAGUCCGCUGAUAAGAGACUUCGUGCAGACGGUCGACGACCGCGAGUGGCAAGCGUCCCUCUUUGGGCUCUUGCAGAACCAAACGUACAAUCAGUGUGAAGUGGACUUGUUCGAACUAAUGUGCAAAGUGCUCGACCAGAAUCUUUUCUCGCAGGUUGAUUGGGCCAGGAACUCUGUAUUCUUCAAGGAUCUCAAGGUCGACGACCAAAUGAAAUUACUGCAGCACUCCUGGUCGGACAUGUUGGUGCUCGAUCAUCUACAUCAAAGGUUGCACAAUAAUCUACCCGAUGAGACCACUCUUCAUAAUGGCCAAAAGUUUGAUCUCCUGUGCCUAGGCCUACUCGGAGUUCCUUCCCUGGCAGAUCUUUUCAACGAUUUGUCCUCCAAACUUCAGGAGCUCAAAUUUGACCUGUCUGAUUACAUUUGCAUGAAAUUCCUGAUGUUGCUUAAUCACGAUGUUCGCGGUCUGGUUAACAAAAAACACGUACAGGAAGGUCACGAACAAGUUCAGCAGGCACUUUUGGACUACACGUUAACUUGUUAUCCGUCUAUACCGGACAAGUUUAAUAAGCUGCUAGCAGUAUUACCAGAAAUCCACGUGGUAGCGAGUAGGGGAGAAGACCAUCUUUACCAGAAGCACUGUAAUGGUGGUGCUCCAACUCAAACGCUUCUUAUGGAGAUGCUUCAUGCCAAGAGGAAAUGAGACGAUAGAUUCGUGUGCCGACUCUACCGUAAAAUAAUAAUCUGUUGGUAUGUACUAUAUUUUCAAAACAUUGGUAGAGUCCUCGAGACGUCAGACAGAGUGGACCUCAAAGUACCUAUUAUGAGCUAACUCGGCUUAGGUAUCGGACCAAGUUAGGUAGCCGUGGUUCAUAAAAUACCUAUGCAAACAAAUCAAGUAUAGACGUACAUACUUUACAUAUAUACAUAGUAUAUGUAUUAUAAAAUGUAUCUAAAUAUAUAAACAUAAUGACAUAUAUUUUCUAUAUUUGAUGUUGAAGUUUUAGAGAUGUAUCCGUGGAGAAAAUUACCCCUGUUGGUGGUACAAGCGCAGGGAAACAGUAAGCAAGAUGCCUUGAAAACAGUACAAAGGGUGGUUAACAAAAUAUUGGUCAAAGGGCAGGCAACUUUGUCAAAAUAAGCAAAGCUAUUUUUCUAAUACUAGAUGCGAUUAUUUUUAAGCAUACCACUGAAGCCUUGCUCACACUCGAACGAAAAUAUUCUAAUAGUGACAUAAAUCAGAUCUCUCAGUUGAUCGUGCUUCUGCAAGGAAUUCAAUAUAGGAAUAUUUGAGUGAUAGUCAAAUCACGUAUAUGAUUCUAUGUAUUCACGCGGAUAAUGUUCACGAGCCGAGAGAAAGAGAGGGGGGAGAGUGCAGGUGGAUUUGAGUGUAUGUGCGUGCGUGUGUGCGUAUGUGUGUGGUGUAUGUGUAAAGAAAGAGAGUGAGAGAGAGAGAGAGAGCAAGCGAAUGAAAGAGAGAGUGCUUAUGCGCUCAUUAAAAGCACGGUUAUAUCUGGACAUCGUUAAAACUUCCUACAAAAAUCUGCAUUUUUCACACUUGCACAUAGCAGGGCUACUGUACUGUAAAUACUAGUUAACACAUUCCAAUUAUGUUGUAAAGUAUAAGUCAUGUUAAAUAUGUAAUUAUAAUAUUUUGUGUAUAGUUUAAUGAAAUAAAUAUAUUUCUGUUGCUUACUGAGAAAAA